AUGAAUGGCAUUAAUAUGGAGGAGAUACCGUUUCAGAAAAUUAAAACCAGAAGAAAGAAGUGCCUCUGCUCAUCCGCCCCUCCAUUGGAUAGCAUCGUAUGCGAAGAUGAAUUUGAUUGCAAAGAACUGGAAUCCCUCUUUCAAAAUUACAACCUCAAGCUGGAGCAAACUUCUACAUUGAAGGCACUUGCCCUUCUGAUCGUCAUGACAGCGACUUUGACGCUCGUAGAGCUAAUGUCUGGUUCUAAUUUGACAAUCUCCAAAGGCUCUCACCCAGUACACUGUAUUAUAUUUGUUUCUCUUUUCAUAGUCACCAAUGUCAAGUACCUACAGGUCACUCAGCUGCAGCAAAUAGUUAAACUUACCUUACUCUUCAGUUUUACUUUCUCUUUUCUCUGUUGUCCUUUCUCUCUGGGAACCUAUGGCUUCGAAUCUCCUGCUUCAUCGGAGAACGGAAUGUGGCAACUAAUGCUUUUGACAUUUGUGUCCUAUGCCCUUCUUCCAGUAAGGACCCUCAUGGCGAUAGCUUUUGGUCUUACGGUCUCCAUUUCACACAUUAUUGUUACAGCCUCGUCUGUCAACCCAAAAAGACAAAAGCUGUGGAAAACGGUAGGAGUAUUUUAUUCCCAUCAUUAUUUUAAAUGGUAUUUUAACUAACGAAUUGCAAAUUCUAAAUACACGUUUAAGCAAGCUGUAAACUGUAAAUAAGCACUGCAUAACUAUUCUGGUCAGCUGAGAAAUCAUGACCAUUGCAAAAAAUAUAAGAAAUUACAAACUUAAAAUACACUCAGAUUAAUAGACAUAUAAAAGAAAAAAUGCACAAGACUGUACAUGAACAUAAAAGGCUUCAACUUUAUUGUAGGGUUUAAAAUAAAUAAUACAUAUUUCUUAAGAAGUCAAAUACAUUCUUCAACCUUUCAUUAAACUUUAAAACCAUGAUAUAUCAUUACAGUCAACCUUAUCAGCCCGACUGUUACCAAAACUCCUCUAUCUAUCCCACACAGUGCCAUACCCUUAA